UCCUCUCAAAUUCUCCAAACCCAUCUAUGUAAUCUUAUUUUUUCUUUUCAUUUCAAGCACUACUCAUUUUGAUAAUGUAGUAAAGCAACAACCAAAGAUGGGAAGAAGAAGUAGAAGAAGAGGAGGAGAGAAUGAAGAAUCAUCAAAGUCUCUCACACUCCCUUCCUCUCCCUCUCACUCCUUCUCUUCAUCAUCUUCAUCUGACUUCGAGUUCACAAUCUCUCUCUCCCCUCGCAAAUCUUCUUCUAAUCUCUGCCCUGCCGACGAACUCUUCUACAAAGGCCAACUCUUACCUCUCCAUCUCUCUCCUCGCCUCUCAAUGGUUCGAACACUCAUACUUUCCUCCUCCAGCACUUCAUCUUCGUCCGACACCACAACCACCGCCUCUCGUGACUCCACCGGCAGUUCCAACGAUUCCCACUCGUCUUUCUCCAGCGAUCUCGGCUUACUCGUCGAGUCCGACUCUUCCCGACCGAGUUCCGUAACCGAAGAAGAUGAGUUAAAGCGACAUAGCAAGGUAAAACCCAAGUACUUCUCCUUGUCGAGAUUCUCUUCUGUGUUCCGCAAAAGCAGAGAUCAAGAGAACGUAACGGUGUCAGAAUCUUCGGUUAAGAAAAUGAGCUCAUCGGCAAAGGACGUUUUUCGUAAGUAUUUAAAGAAGGUGAAGCCUUUGUAUGAGAAACUUUCACCGAAGCAACAGCAGAAGAUUACGACAGAGGAAUCCAUCGGAAAAGACAUAGAAACCGCCACCACCACCGCCGGAACCACCUCCACCACCGCAGUAGUUUCGAAUACAAGGAAGGACAACAAUGGUUUGGGUCAUGUGAUAUCUCAUUCAUUUUCUGGAAAUCUGAGUUUAAGAUACCCAAGAAGGAGAAGCUGCAUCUCGAGCUGCCCUUCGUCGAUGCGGUCGUCGCCUAGUCAUUCUGGAGUUCUUAGUCGAAGUGGUGUGGUGAGUGGAAGUGAUGUCGGUGGAAAGAACUAUUCAGAUUCAUCUUCAAUGGAGGAAUUACAUAAUGCGAUUCAAGGAGCUAUUGCACAUUGUAAGAACUCCAUGGCUCAGAAGGUGAGUAAGGAGAUCUGAAA